AUGUCACAACCUGUCGCAAGUUCGCCGUCGUCCUCCAAAGCGAAGUUUGGUGGAAGCAAGCGUCGCUCAAAGAAGGUCGUCGACACUAGCUUGAAUGUCCCCUCGACGAGUGCUGCAAACGGAAAUGCAAAUGACGAGCAGUUUGCUGCUGUUCGUCGACUUGACGUCGUGACGCAGGGAGAAACAUCGACGAACGCCCAUUGGUGGUUGAAAUUGGGUGAACAAGGAGCUUCUUCGACCUCAAGCGUUGAUCAAGUGGGAGGAUUCUCUCCUUCACACAGUCCACGCACGAAGCAGACCGCCCGCAAGUCAACAGGCACCAGCAUCCCCAAGCGUCCGGUGGUGGUUGAGGUUCCUUCGCAGAAGCGGAAAACAAAGGAGGAGCACAUUACGGUCACCCUGGAUGUGGAGGACAUCGUGUUCAUCGAUUCUAUCCAGCUCUCCGCGAAUAUGGACGCGGACUGGUGGGGACGCGUGCGUCCGCAGCCGGUCAGUGUCAGUGUCUACCUUCAUCUCAAGCCCGCGCACCUCGAUCGGGCAGGCACGUCCGAUCAGGUCACCGACACGGUGCACUACGGCGAUCUAUGCAAGAACAUCAUCGAUCGCGUCGAAAGCCCCGGCGCGAUGUUUGAUGGCACAACGGGGCUUGCGUAUGCAGUCGCGCAGCAAGCGUUCCUACUCUCCGGACCCAUCGCGACGCAAGUCCGCAUCGUUGUUGAGUCGUCAAAGUACAUUCCGCUAGCCGAGGAAUUUGCUGUGGAGGUCACCAUCCCGUACAGAAAGAACAUCGAGGAGCGUGACCACCAUGAUAAAAUCCAAGUCUCGAUCAAGAACCUCUCUCUGUCCACGAUCAUCGGCGUGAACCCGCCUGAGCGGGAAGCGAAGCAGCGCGUCCUCACAGAUAUCAUAAUACACCAACGACUUGGCUGGCUUUCUCCCGCGUACGGUGAAUUUAUUGCAAGGAUUGCUGAGGAGAUGGAACGCUCGGAGUAUCUGACCCUUGAGAAGUUCGCGUACGAGAUCGUGAAACUCGUGUGUCUGGAGUCAGGUGCCGUGGACUCCGUGACAGUGCGAGCUGGAAAGCCUAGUGCGCUUUCGUUCGCCCGCGUCGCAGGCGUGCAGAUCACCCGUUCAAGAAGUUCGUUUGUCAAGGGCGGUAAGUAG